CCCACUCUUUCACUAUAUAAAUCCACCACCACCUCCUCCAUCAGUCUCUCCUCCCACAAUCAUAACUUCUGCGCUUCAGAUCACAAACUCACCACCACCUCGCCGCCGUGAAGUACCACCCACGCCGCCGUGAGCCGCCACUUCGUCCGCCGUGAAUAUGAGGUCAGGCGGUCCAUACUACUCUGGAUGUGAGUAUGACAAGCAGCAACCCCAUUUUCUUGAUUCUUGCUUCCUUUGCCGGAAGCCACUCGGCAAGAACAGUGACAUCUACAUGUACAGAGGGGAUACACCAUUUUGCAGCCAAGAAUGCAGGCAAGAACAGAUUGAAAUGGAUGAAGCCAGUGAGAAAAGAUUGAAACUUUCUUCUUCAUCAUCAUCAUCAAAGAGAUCAAGUGCAGUGAGACAGAACAAGGAUUCAACAAAAGAGUAUGACACCAAGAAAGCUGUACGGACAGGCACAGUGGCUGUGGCCUAAAAAAGGGAAAAAAAUAUUUAAAAAAAUAUAAAAUAUCAAGAAUCUACAAAAAAAAAUGGAGGGGGAGAAAGAAAAUAAAAAGGAGAUGAGGGGGCAUUUUGCAAAUCUUGAGGAGCUCUAAUGAUAUCUGUAAAGAAAGAGGUGGGCAGAAGGAGAAAGGAGAGGAAGAUCCACCAAACAAUUUUGAUUUAUUUUUUUUUUCAAAUUUUAUUUUAUUUUUUUUGAAUUUAGAUGGCAUUUCAAUUAGUGUCUAUAUGAGGAGGGCCCUCAAUUGAGAUUGCCAUGAGAUAUAAAUCUUUGUUAAAUGAUAUCUCUAUUUGAAUGCUAAUCUAUGAAAUUAGAAGCAUUAUUAUAAUUA